AUGAGCCGUCUCAUCGGCCUUCUGGCCCUGCUGGCCUUGGUGGCCGCCCAGGAGGACCCCAACCAACCCAUCGUCAUCCGCCUCGAGCCCCAGCCGCGCAAGCCAAAGUUCUUGGAGGAGGUCACCCGCCGCAUCUCCAACGGCACCACCCUUGCUGAUGUUCUCCCGCCAGAGCAGCUCCAGACCCUUGCCGACAACGUCACCGACGCCCUGCUCCCCUCCACGCCCGAGAAGUUCGAGCUCCCCAAAUUCAUGGGCCGCUGGUUUGAGGGUAUCAACUCGCCGCGUGCUAGCGAGCAACGAUGCGUCGUCCACCACUACGGAGGCCUCACCAAGAACGACAAGACCGCCACGUUUACCGCCCUGAAGAUCUACCGCGAGGGCAGCGAGUUCGGCCCAGUCAAGUAUUCGAUCGGAUAUGCUUUCCGUGGCGGAAACAAGGACGCCAUGCUCCAGCUGCACUCUUCCGAGACGAGUGAUGCUCAGCCUUUCUGGGUCUACAAGCUCGGCCCCGAGGGCAAGGAUCCGUUCGGCAACUCGCAGUACGAGUACGCGAUCGUGUCCAACUGGGUGAAGUACCCGGUUACGGUGCUCGUGCGUGACCCCGAUACCUUCAAGAAGAAGUACGAGAAGGAGGUGCUGCGCUGGUUGGAAGAUCAGGGCUUCAUCAACGGCUUCGUCCGUGCCUUCAACCUCCUCCAGCCCGCCUCGUACUCCUCGUGCCAGUACGCCGACUCGACCUUCGAGAUGGACCUCCAAACGAUCACCGGCAUCAUCAGCGGCCUGGGCAGCAUGGUUGGCCAGACCGUGGAGACGAUCAACCUGCCCGCCGAGCUGUUCAUGGGCAAAUGGCAUCAAAUGUACAAGGCGGCCAUCAACUUUGAUGUCUUCAGGACGCAGAUGUUCUGCCAGGUGUCGUACUUCAAAGAAAACUCGGUGAUGGGCUCGGACGGCUUCUCGAUUGAGGAGGCCUACAGGGUGGUGUCGAAGAACGGGCCGAUCGAGACGUACAAGCGCGAUAUGAACAAGGUCGGCCCCGGCCAGUACUGGAUGUAUACCGAGGAGUACUUCUACCCCAGACAAUUCUAUAUCCUGCACGCGGGGCCCGGAUACGACAACGAGACGAUGGGAACUGAGGCCCCGGAAGGGAUUCAGUACCUCGUCGUUUCGGACUCAAAUCGACUUUCCUUGAUGGUGAUGGCUAGGGAUCCGAAUACGUACUAUCAGAAAUACGACGAGGAGGUGAAAACCUACCUGAAGACCAAAGGCUUCGGCGGCAACGUCUUCUGGAACUCCCCGAAGCCCAUCUACCAGGGCCAGGACUGCGAGUGGCCCACCGAAAAAGAGGUCUUCGCCAGGAGGGUGCUGAAGAACCAAGAGGCCCUCGAGAAGUCGAAGCAGAACGCCGUCACGGAGAAGAGUGCAAUCGGGGAUUCCCCUCUGGCCGACUUCUUCAAGAACCCGACAAAGAUCCUCCAGGAGCUCGCCAAGCACGAGCCUGGAGAUGGUGAAUAUGGAGGUCUGGCCGAAGAGACAUCGACUGGAGGAGGUGGCCUCAUCGGCACCAUCCUGAACCUCAUCAACCUCGGCUCGAAGAAGGUCAAGGAGGGCGGCAAGCCCGGAUCCGGAAACGCCACUGCCAUCGGAUCGGCCGUCUCGAACUUGUUGACCGGGCCCAACAGCCCGCUGCCCGGGUCGGAUUUGAAGAACUUCUUCUCGAAUUCGCUUUACAAGGCCCUGACGGCCGGUUCCGUGCAGAAGAACGAGACGGACGCCCCCGGAAAUGGCACCGAACUUACUGACGCUCAGAAGGCGGCCAUUGGCGAGAAUCUGGAGAUGAUCCAGAAUUUGAUCAUCCAGCCGUCAUCCCCUCUUUGCACGACCAAGCCUGAACCUGUUGAUUUUGACUUUUACGCCUUGUUGGGACAGUGGUACCAGGUCGUCUACUCUCCACCGCUCUCCCGCGGACCCUGCAGCAUGGUCGUCUACAAGAAGCUGUCCGAGAACAAUAAUGGAGGCGCCGGCAGCAUCUUCGAGACGUUCGAGUACGCCACCGAUGGCACCCCAAAUGCCCGUCCUUCUAUCAUGUCUGGUUAUGCCAUCGUCAAAUCGGCCGGCGAGCUCAUCUUCCGCACGUCGAGCAACAAGGAGGACGUCAAUAUCCACGUGCUCCACACCGGCCCGCUGAACGCCAACAACGAGUACGAGUUUGUGGUCAUGUCGACGAACUGCAACUUCCCGAUGUAUGUGUUCGCUAGGGAUCCCGUCGUCUACAAGCAGCGCUACGAGACGGCCGUGAUGGAGAUGAUGGAGAAGAAGGGCUGGGUGAACGGCUUCUCCCGCCUUCUGAACGUCGUCGCCUCUGUCGACCAGUCGAUGUGCAGCUUCCCGCCGUCGCUGUUCAACUACCAGGGC